CUUUGCUUUUUGCCUUUUAAGCUUUACUAAAAUCACCAUAUCCAUCCUUCAAACCCUAACAACUAUCAUUCCUUCUCCUUCCAUCAUUUGCCCCCUCAUUUCAUCUCUUUCAAGUUUCAGUUUUCACCAAAUUUCUACUUCUUGUUGGAUCCAUCUUUAUGCGCAGAUCAAGGCUUUUGAAUCGAAAUACAGAACAGAUUUCGCUCUGUUUGUAAAGCGGUGGCCGGAGAUACUUGGAUGAGGUCUGACGAUCCUGAUGUGUUUUAAACAUUAGAAAGCAAGAUGAUAUCCGAAAGCUUGACGGGUGAGACAUCGCUUCAUCAAGAACUCGAGGUUCUGAGUGUGUCGAAGCGUCUAGUUAGGAGCCUGAGCCAAAAGUUAAAGCGGAAGAGCCAUGAUGAGGACGGGAUUUCAUUGAGGUGUCCGACUCUAUACAGUCGGGCCGGAGGUUGCAAGGUCGGAGCUACUACAGGUGAAGACUUUGGGGAUAUGGGUUGUCGAAGACGUUCUUCGAGUUCGAGUGAAGACGUAAAAGGGUAUAAACCCGCAUGUGGGACCGACGAUACUAACGUUGAUUGCUUCUCUUACGGAGGGAAGGAGAGAUUCUGGAAGAGAAGUAAUCGGAAGAUUACGGAAAUCGAAGAGCGGCCCGUCUUUCUUCCCGACGAUAUUGUGGAGAUGUGUUUGGUGAGACUCCCAUUGACGAGUCUAAUGAAAGCCCGUCUCGUGUGCAAGAAAUGGAGAAUCUUGACGACCACGCCUCGGUUUAUGCAGAUGAGGCGCGAAGGUCUGUAUCAGAGCCCGUGGUUGUUUCUUUUCGGUACCGUCAAAGAUGGUUACUGCUCGAGGGAGAUUCACGCGUUGGAUGUUUCUCACAACAAAUGGCAUAAAGUCGAGUCCGAAGUUCUUAAAGGUCGGUUCUUGUUCUCCGUAGUCAGCAUCAACGACGAUGUUUAUAUCGUCGGAGGUUGUUCUAGCUUGACCAACUUCGGUAAAAUGGACCGAAGUUCUGUCAAGACUCACAAAGGAGUUUUAGUGUUUAGCCCGUUAACAAAGGCCUGGCAUAAGGUUGCAUCCAUGAAACACGCGAGAUCGAAACCUAUCCUCGGUGUAUAUGAAGUAACCUCCGAUUGUUUGAUCGUCAAAUGUCGACAAGAUCGACGUUUGCUCAGGACACGCAUUGGUGGAGUAUCGGAUGUUUACGAAGAUCCCCACAGACUUUCUGUUAGGCGUCAGCUACGAAACUCUGUUGACGAAACUGAGGUUUCAGCAAAACCAUCCAGACUUUUGGUUAGACAGAAGAACGAGCAGUCAAGCAUGAAAGAUGUUAGAAGGUUUUUUAUCAUUGCGGUCGGAGGUGUUGGAUCCUGGGACGAGCCGUUGGACUCUUGUGAAAUUUACGACUCAUCAUCGAAUAAAUGGACGGAAAUCCAGAGGGUGCCAGGUGAUUUCGGGGUGGUUUGUUCGGCGGUGGUUUGCGGAGGGAUGUUUUAUGUGUACUCGGAAACAGAUAACCUUGCGGCGUAUGACAUAGAAAGGGGAUAUUGGGUUGGAAUUCAUACGAACACGUUGCCGGCUCGUGUUCACGAGUAUUAUCCGAAGCUUAUAUCGUGCGAUAAACGGUUGUUUAUGGUGUCAGUUUCGUGGUGCGAAGGAGAUGGUGAAAUCGGGAGGAGGAACAAAGCGGUUAGAAAGGUAUGGGAGCUUGAUUUGAGGUGUCUGAAAUGGGAAGAAAUAUCGAGACAUCCAGAUGCACCCAUGGACUGGAAUGCAACAUUUGUUGGUCAGAAAAACCUGAUUUUGGGGGUGGAAAUGUUCAAGAUAUUUGGGCAGGUGUUGGAUUUCUUGACCAUGUUUGAUGUGUCCGAUUCAACAAAGAACUGGAUUCACAUAUCUAGAAACCAAGUAGCCCAUCAAUUGGAUGCUUCUUCAUGCUUAACAAAAUCAGUGGCCGUUUUGCACUUGUGACCAUUGAUCGGAUGCUUGACGAAAUGAACGGUGGUUGUAAUUCCUGCAGAUAAAUCCUUCUGUUUUUUUUCUCUCUUGAUUAUGAGUUUCGUAUUCAUUUGUUUGUUGUUGAUUUGAUUCGUUUUUCUGCCAGAGUCGUUGAUCUAACGGUACCCGGAUUAUUGGUAAAAACCCUGUGCUAUGAGUAGUUGUCCUAUAUAAAUAUUAAGGGAGGUUCAACGGAAAAUCCCUAAAAAAGGAUGAAAAAUGAAGGAACAUCUGGUAACUU